AUGUCCCACACUCUCAAGGUUACCAUUCACCAGGCCGAGCACCUCGAGGACGUCGAGCGCUUCGGCAAGAACGACCCCUAUGCUCGCGUCUCCUUGACCGUCGACGGCAAGUACCCCGCAAAGACCCAGGUCAUCAAGAACGCCGGUAAGGAGGCCGCCUGGAACAAGACUGUGGAGGUCCCCGACUACAACCCCCAGGAGCAGGAUACCCUCUACCUCGAGAUCCUCGAUGAGGAGACUGGUUUCGACGAGCCCAUCGCCUUCACCGCCAUCCCCCUCCACCAGGUCCUCUCCGCCCAGGGACAUGCCAUCCGUGGCCGCUUCGGGCUUCACACCACCGGAGGCAAGACAAAGGGUGAGGUCCUCGUCUCCAUCGUUGUCAUCAGCCCCGGCCAGACUGAGGGUGCCCACCCCCAGACUGAGAUCCGCGGUGAGGUCAGGCUCGACUCUGCCCAGCAGAAGCGCAUCAACAGCCUUUCCCGCAAGGAGAAGGCUGGUGAUCUUGGAACUGCCGCUCUCCUCAUUGGUGCCGUCGUUGGUGCCAAGGCCCUCCAUGACGGUCAAAAGGAUGCCAAGAAGGUCGCCCAAGAUGAGCAAGAGAAGGCCAAGGCCGAGAACCGCGAGUACUAA